GCUGUGUAACACUCUAUGUGAGACUUAUGAAAUCCUCGGCAAUUUAUAUAUUUUAAUACUCAAUCAACUAUUGUCAACUAUUCCCACAUCUGUACCACACUUUUCUUAACUGUUGAAUAUAUUUUAUAGACAUUUCCACUGCUGUUUGAAGUACUCCAAGACCUAUUAGAAGCGUAUAGAAUAAACGGCAUUCACUUUCUAUAUUCGAUGCAGUCAGAAAUGUGAUUAGCAUAUGAAACGAUUAUUGUCUGAUAAGACAUUGCUGACUUGUCAACUGAAAGCUGGCGAAACUAAUUACCGUUCUUGGGCAGAGAUAGCCAGUACAUAAAGCCGGCAAAACACAGUUCAGUUACAUUGAUUGGUAACGCUAUGCCGCUCACAAGCUGCCAAUGGAAGUGUUUAUUAGGCUUGCUUUGCCUGCCUCUGCUGUGGACGACAGCUGAAGCUGGCUACUUGGAGGACACUUUUCCUGCCAGCGUGUUAGAGGAAGCGAAAUUGACAACGCUCCAGUUGUUGGCCAAGUACAAGUAUCCGGGCGAGCUGCAUGCAGUCACCACCGCGGACAAAUACGUGCUACAAAUGCAUCGCAUUCCUAGACCAGGCGCUAAGCCUGUGCUACUAAUGCACGGACUGAUGGACAGCUCAGUCACAUGGAUUUUAAUGGGUCCACAUAGUGGUCUGGGUUACUUUCUCUAUAAUGCUGGCUACGAUAUCUGGAUGGGGAAUGCUCGCGGCACUCGCUACUCGCGAGGCCACGUCAAGCUGAAUCCCAAUACGGACAAGGCCUACUGGAGCUUCUCGUGGCAUGAGAUAGGAUACUACGAUCUGCCUGCCCUUAUCGAUGCGGUCCUGGCCAAAACUGGCUACGAGAAGUUGAGCUACUUUGGCCAUUCCCAGGGCACCACAAGCUUUUUUGUGAUGGCCUCCACUCGGCCGGAGUACAAUGCCAAGAUCCAUGUGAUGAGCGCGCUCGCACCAGUGGCUUAUAUGACCAAUAUAGAAAGUCCAUUGUUAGGCUUAUCGCAUAGAUUGCUUAAAGUCAUUGGAGAAGGUCAGGAACUAUUGCCUUACACGGAUAUGUUCAGCAGCUGCUUGAUCUCGGAACCUACAUUACAGACCUGCCUAUUUUACAUGUGGAAAAUCUUGGGAAAGAAUCUUGCUGAAUUUAAUAAGACAAUGUUACCAGUUUUGAUGCAUCACGUGCCUGCCGGACUCAGUUCUAAUCAGGUCCUGCACUACCUACAGCUGCAGAAAUCAGAUCGUUUCUGUGAAUACGACCACGAUGUAAAGGAGAACCAGCGCAUAUAUGGACGAGCACAACCUCCGGAUUAUCCUUUAGAGAAGAUCACAGCUCCUGUUGCCCUGUAUUAUACCCAGAAUGAUUAUUUGGCUGCUGUAGUGGACGUCAAGCGGCUGAUCAAGCGACUACCCAAUGUGGUCGAGGAUCACAUGUAUCCUUAUAAAAAAUGGAAUCACAUUGACAUGAUGUGGGGCAUCAGCGCCAGGCGCCUGGCCCAGCCUCGCAUGCUGGAGGUAAUGCAAUUCUACGAUGCAGGAGGACUACAGAAUGUAACACAAUUGUCCACGACCGAAAGUCCCGAUGAGACAACCAACGUGACGACGGAAACUCAGCAGGGUGAAGUGGCGACUGAGACUGACGAUUGAAUACAUAUUGUGGAUAUUAAACGUUCCUUAAGGAUAGCUUUGCCGCAUAUCUUCAAUGCAAUCUUUAAGGCAGAAUUUAAAACAUGAAAUAAAGAGUGAAGUCAAGAUUAUGGCUCCAAUUAUUGUAACAC